AUGGCCCCUGGUUCGCGAGAAGAGCCAAGUCCGGAGAACGAAAAGACACUGGUGGCCACCACCAUAAGGCUUCCCGAGAGCCCUCAACCCAGCGGUGCAUUCAGAGAUCGAACGCCAGAUUACGCCUCGGAAAAUACGACCGCUAACGAAGAGUCAGAAUCUGAAGGCGCGUCGCAGCCCCCCGGCGAUGAUGAGACUCAAGAUCCGCUACCUCAAAUCAGGAGGCUCAUGAAAGAUUUGCUCUCAAAGGCUCAGAAGAUUCUGGAACCAGCCUUUGAUACAAAUACCGCCAACACCUACGGAACGGCCAUUCAACCACUGUGCCGCGCUUUGGAAGACUAUCGAACUCGCCUCCCUCCGGCGGCCCCUUCAAAGGAUGAGGCUCGCCAUCCGAAGAUGGUCUUGAAACAUUUCUCCCAACUGCUCAACACAGAUUCUGCGAUUACAGGGGCCGCCCUUGACUCGUCGUAUCAGAGCAUACUCGCGUUCUUCGAAGGACCGCCCUCGUCGCCAUAUGCAGGAGGAGUCUUCUCUGUCCUGAUUACGCCACCAACCGAUUACCCCUUCCACGCUCCGAAAUGCCAGUUCCUGACGAAGAUGUACCAUCCCAACAUUGACUCGGACGGGAGUAUUUGCCUGGAUAUCCUAGGGAAGGAAUGGUCACCGUGGUUCCAUUUCGGGGGCGUCAUGCUCGGGAUCUUGUCCAUUCUGACGGAUCCGGGGCUCGAGGAUCCGCUUGUUCCCGAGAUUGCUGUGACGUAUCUGACGGAUCGCAAGCAUUUCAACGAAGACGCUGAAUUGUAUACGCGCAAGUAUGCGACUUUGGAGAACGCUCUGUCGCUGCUGCCAGAGCUGCCCAGUGUGGCAGGCAAGAAGUCAGGCCAAAUUGACGAGUUGGCAGAGAAAUUGGGCACUUCCAGUCUGGGCGUCUAA